UUUUUUUGUUCCUUCCUGACUGGUUUCGGACUUGGAUUCCUCGCCUUCGGUCUGAAGAAACUUCUCUUGCCGAUUUUCCUUGGAGCGCAGAUAGUGAAGUCGGUGCUGAUAGCAAUGUUUCUGCCUAGUAUUCUCGGAGGACUUGGAAAACUGGUGGGGAAAGGAGUUUCUACAUUCGCCUCAGCAUCUGGUUCCUCUGGUCCUUCAAACAAUAAUGUAGACGAUUUUGAAUUCAAAGACAACAUGGGAUUCGACUCCGGAGAUACAGCCACGGCUGCUUCUAAAUACUCUUCAGCGUUCACUUACCCGGAAACGAACGGCGGUCUGGCCUACGUGAACGGGUUAUCAGCAGGUACUCUACCGGCUUCGGCGUUAUACGUACCUGGUACGGCCGCAGGCCUCGGAUCCAUCAACAGAUUCCAACAGCAAGGUACAGGGAACUCCAAAGUUAGCUAUGAGUCGCUUCCUAUUGGAGCCCAGCAUCACUAUGGGAGCUAUUACACGCGUCACCAGCAACCCAACAAGAAGCAGGACUACAAGGUGUUCCACAACAUUCCUUCAUCAUCGCUUCUACUAACAAACUAUGACCCUUUCUACAGUCCGCUGCUGUCGAGACUAGACAGCGUGUUCAAGCAGUUGGGGUACGAAACAGAGACGUGCAGAGAGCGUCUCAUUUGUGCAAUGUACAACAACCCGGCUAAAUUCGCGCCGUACAGCAAUCUCGUUUCUGCGCAGCUCAGCAGAGAGUUGAAUGAGUUGAGAAAACCAUCGACAGACAACCCAGAGAUUCUACGAUUCUUUCGUUACAUGAAAGCAGCCAAGGACGGCCAAGAUGGCGCGGACUGUAUUCAUUUGCAUCCAGGUUGCACGUCCUCUAGCGCAAACAGCAGCGUUCAUCCUCCUAUGAUAAAGACUUAUCAGGACAUCAACAAAUUGGUGCAAGCCAGAAGAUUGGGGGAAUCUGUCGGGGUUUAGGAGAAAGCAGGACUUUACUAGACCGUCCACCAUUGGAGACGGUGGAUUGCACACAGCUCAUGAAACAACAAAUCUGCCAUGCUCAUGGACAAAGUGUCAGCUUUUGCAGUGGUUAUUCAGUUGGAGACCGUUGAGAGGUAAUCUAAUAAUUAGCUCAGGGGAUAUAGGUUAAAAUAAAUUUGAUAAAGUCAAUAUUAAAAAUUUUGUAAUUAAUAAAGUUCCCGCGCCGUAGGCGCCCGGUCUGAGGCAUCAUGCUUCGGACCGGCGAUACGGAAUGCGCGCUGGUUCGAGU